AUGUUGGUGAAUUUAAAGCCAAUUACGCUGCUUUUUGCCGGUAUAUUGAUAGCAAAUUGCGAUUGUUAUCGAAUAUUAGGGGUGUUUCCAUUCGCAUCGCCUAGCCAUUAUUUCUUGGGGAAUGAAUUGAUGAAAGGUUUAGCAGAGGCCAGACACGAUGUCACCAUUGCUACAGUUUUUCACGAAAAAUCACCACCAUCUAAUGGGAAAUACAGACAAAUCGUCAUGGAUGAUUUAUUAACACUACAAAAAGCAUUAUUCGAACCGAUUGCGAAUGUGAGCUCGGGCUCGUCGGUUUCAAUGCAAAAUCCUUUUAAAAUGGCCACCACAUUCCCGAGGAUUACCAUCAACAUCACCGAGUCCACCAUCAGCCACCCCAAGUUCCAGCGACUAGUCACCUCCGGUGAACGAUUCGACGUGCUGAUAGUCACCCAAUUCAACCUCGAGGCGGUGAAGGCUCUAGCGCCCCUCAUGGGGGCGCACUUGGUGUUGUUCAACAACAACGCCAUGCACUCCUGGAUGGGCCACUUCGUCGGAAUCCCCGUCCUGCCGUCCAUCAAUCCAGAAAUUAUCAUGGGGUACACUGGUCAAAUGAACUACCGACAGAGGUUGUUAAACACGGUAGUCAGGAUGCUGUUUUCCGGUAUUAAUUAUUUAUACGAUGGAGUGCAGGUGGAUUUGGCGCGCAAGUACAUCUCUAAAGACGUGGAUUUGGUUGAAACUCAGUACAACGUGGCUUUGGUACUAUCCAAUUCGCAUUCUAGCUUAAAUAGAGCGCAAAGCUCCGUGCCGGUGAUUAAAGAUAUAGCCGGUUUCCACGUUAAACCACCUAAGAAAUUGCCGGACGGUAUUAAAAAAUAUUUGGACGAAGCCGAAAAUGGCGCAAUCUACUUCAGCAUGGGUUCGAAUAUCAGAGGAGCAGAUUUACCGAUGGCUAUCAAGCAGGGUUUGAUGAACGCGUUCGCGAAGAGGAAAGAGAGGAUUCUAUGGAAGUUCGAGGAGGAUGAUUUGCCUGGUAAACCUGAGAACGUGAGGAUCGAGAAAUGGUUGCCGCAAUCAGAUAUAUUAGCUCAUCCCAACGUGAAGCUAUUCAUAACGCACGGUGGAUUUUUGAGCACUAUUGAAACAGUCUAUCACGGCGUCCCGACGGUGGCGAUUCCUGUAAUGGGCGAUCAAUUGAUGAACGCCCGAGUUGCCCAAGCUGACGGGUACGCUUUCGUGCUCGAUUUUCAAGCACUCAACGAAGAAUCCAUUUCCCAUGCCAUCGAAGAGGUACUGACAAACGACAAGUAUAAGAAUAAUGCGAAGUACAGAUCGGAAAUAUUCCACGACAGACCCAUGAAGCCCCUCGAAGAGGCUAUUUAUUGGGUGGAAUAUAUCGUAAGACACAAGGGAGCUCCGCAUUUAAGGGUGGAUUAUUUGAAUUUACGUUGGUACGAGUAUUAUUUACUCGACGUAUUUGCCACUUUUAUUGUGGCAGCCGUUGUUGUAUUUUAUAUUUUUAAGAAAAUUUUAGUAUUGAUAUUUCGAUCGUGUUGUGGCAAAAGAUCGAAAAAGUUGAAGAAACAAUAA